UAAGGAAGACAAAUAUGGCGACAGUUUGAAAGUUUCACAGAGGGGUUUUCUUUUAACGCUUUCCCUUCUGGUGCGUUCUCAAGGAUGGUCUAAGAUCACAGACUCCACAGAGCAAAAACAGCAAUUUUCAAGCUCUUUUGGAAGUAUCUUAUUGUCAAGAAAUGUCUCUUUUUAUGGACGAUUUGCUUACUUCGAACUUCCCUUUAUUUAAUGCGUGUCGGAGCUAGUUGACUUCUUGGAGGGUUGCUCCUCAAAUCGACGAUCCUUUGCCAUGGAUUACGCUACAUUUGAAACAGACUAGAGGUAAUGACUAGCCUCCAAUAUCUAACAUUGCUGAAAAUCUAUUUUGGGCAAGAAAUGAUAAGAUAAGAUUAACAGAAGGCAGUGUCAUUACAUUACACCAAGGAAAAUUGACAAAUUCCCGUCGCAUCCACCCUAUUCCUCAGUUGGAGUGUGUUAGUGGCUGUUCAGUUUGUAUAUCUCUUAAUGGGAUCAUUUACUGUACGUGGGGUCUUACUCUAAGUGUUGUCCAGUGUUACAACCAAGGGUCAGAUGGCUUUAAUUUUCAGUGGGAAUGCCAUGCAGACAUGGGCACCUUCAAUGGACUUCAGGUAUAUAAGUUUGGAACAGUCGAGGUUAACUGUGAAGGUUAUGACUAUCCUGAGGAUCCAUUCAUUCUCAAAGAUUCCUGUGGGUUGAAAUACACUGUUGUUGUGGAUAGUGAUGUGCGGGAAAGCUUGCGGGAAAGCUUGCGGGAAAGCUUGCGGGAAAGCUGGAAGAGAAGGUGCCCAGAAUUCGUGCAGGAAAGGCCAACCACAUGGUUGACUGAUUGGUGUCUUUUUCGUCUGAAGCUGUGUUUGGUCUUGUUUGUCUUUGUAUGCCUGCUACAAGUUUUUAGCCGCCCUCGUGAGAGGGAUGAUCCUAAUCCUUAUGAUCUUCAUCGUGAUGGUUUAUUGCAUAAUCGUCACCUUCACAAUGAAUAUUUCAAUUCUUAUCACUUUAUUUCACUGCCCGAGCCCAAUCUUGAUACAAGAUCGGGUUGGACCUCAGGUUGGACCUCAGGUUGGACCCCAGGGUUCGGUGGAACUACACGUCGCUGAAAUCUGAUUGGAUGAAUGAAAUGUCUGUGGUAUGAACCCAGAGCAACUGCAGAGAGCAUAAAAAAAAAAAUCAUGACUUAUUAAUGAAACUUUAGAGAUAGACGAUAAGAAAAUAGUUUCAGAGCAUAAGUGAGGUAAAUGUCAAAAGACGGUAGGACACUUGAAUAACAAGGAAAUCGUUGAUAUCAUGUGUAAAUUUAUAGGAGAGGUUAUUCACUUCCUGUCAGCAACAAGGAGGGAAGGCAAGGGGAGAUAUUGGUCUCCGUAGCACAUUAGAGGUCAGCUUUCUGUGUCUAUACAGGCUUCAGUAGCUUGAUUUGGCCGAUAGGUAACAUGUUAUUGUCAUAGCUUUAGAGACAGCUGUGUGCAGUUAAUUUUUGCUGCCUAAAACUAAGAUUCGAAUAUUAUAGCCAGUGUUUUUGAGUUGUCUCCUUAUUCUUGUUGGAGUCGUCAUCGCUGAAAAGGAAAUGUUCUUUUUUUUCCUAGUCAGUUGUAGCUUAAAAUCCAUUAUCAGUAUGCAGUGAGCAAAGAUAAAUUUUCCGACAUAUUUUGUUUACAUGAGCACCAAGUGUGAUUUACCAUGUAUGAUUUACCAAGUACGAUUUACAACGUGUGAUUGACUCAAGUGUGAUUUUAAAAAAAAUGUCACUUUCAUGAAAAUUUAGUGAGUACGCAAACUUUAAGCAGGUAACCUAGCUCCUUUAAGGGGCCAUUUUCAUGUAAAUAAAAGUUUUGCUAAACUGAAA